AUGAUAUCUCAUGGAUUGCAAGUAUAUGGGCUUAGAAUGGUGGCAAAGAGGGUUCCGGAUAAACCGGAAAUCUUCUUCGGAGGGUUCAACGAUAUUCAGCAAGCCGUUUUGAGCGAUAUCUCUGGUUUCAAAUUGGGUGUUUUCCCGACUCGCUAUCUGGGACUUCCUCUGAAUCCUAAGAGGAUAACUUUCUCAACACUUCAACCUUUCGUGGAAAAGAUAACCGGAAAACUUCACUCUUGGACGGUUAAGACCUUGUCUUUUGCAGGGAAUAUAAGAUUGAUAUCAUCUGAGAUCUAUGGUAUGGUUAAUUUCUGGAGUUCAGUCUUUGCUCUGCCCAAACAGUUCUAUGCAAAAAUUGAUUCUCUAUGUGCGGCGUUCCUCUGGAAGAAGAGAACUGAAUCGGCAAGAGGAGCACGAGUCGCUUGGAAAGAUGUAUGUAAGCCCAAAGCUGAAGGAGGAUUGGGGAUCAGACUCUUGGAGGAGUAUGAGAAGGUUUUUAGACUGAAACAAAUUUGGAAUCUGUUCUCAAACUCAGGUUCCUUAUGGGUCGCUUGGGUCAAGGCUCAUGUUUUCGGAAGGAAGGGUUUUUGGUUAACAGAGGACUCGAAUCGUAUAUCUAGGAACAUCCGCUCUAUGCUCCAGCUAAAGAACGAUCUGAUGGAUCUCUUGCGCUGUGAAAUUGGUGAUGGGAAUAGAGGUUCUUUCUGGUUUGACUACUGGAAUGAUAUGGGACAGUUACUCUUGGUGAUGGGACAAUCGGGACCACGAAACCUUCGGAUCCCGCUGAACGCCACAGUCUCAAGGGCUAACAAAGGAUGGGAGAUGGUGGAUCCCACCUGCCCGAUCAACUGA